CACCACUUCCCAAGCAGUCUCCGUGUUGUUCGCGUCAGAGACGGACCCGCGUCUCUUAGAGGCCAUUCACUUACUCCUGGACCAGACCUCCUCAGCUACCCAUCGAAGGCUCCGCGAAGCCUUUCCGUUUACUUUUCGCCUAUCCCGAGAUAAUGCACUAAAGGACUAUAUUAAUUAAGUGCUGUUGUUGUUUAAGGAAAAGGAGAAAAACAUUUAUCAGUGUCUGCGGAACAGGCAUCAUGAAGAUAUCAAUAAGGAUGAACUUGCUUGUGCUGAUGGCAUUAGCUGUCAUCAGCACACACGCACAGAGCGACCGACGUCGCUUCCUGUUUGGGUCCCGCGGCCGACUGAGCCCCUCCAACCGUUUGACAACCGAGGGAGGUGUUGCCACGACCACUCCCCUUCCUGAGGAAAAGGCAGCAACAGCACGUGGCAAAGUUCGCCUUCCCCCGCGAAGGCCUAGUCUGCGGUUUGGAGUCCGUCCACAGCACGAAGACAACGAAGAAAAGGCAACCGUGACAGAGGAAACGGUACCUGUAACCACCCCUACACCUGUACAGGAGAAAAAGCCUGAGCCUGAAGUCCUAACCAAACCAAUCCCUGGGGAAGAAUUUGUAGCAUUCCGGGCAUCCCCCCAAAGAUCUGAGGAGUCUGUAAUAACUGUUGAAGAUGGAGAACUCAUUCAUGUAGGAUUAGAAAAUGGCCAGGGUAGCACUGAUUUGGUGAACAUGACUGAGCUAAAUGCAGCUUCUGUAGAUGACCCUCUUUCUGACUUGGAUAUUGCUUCUCUUGGUGACAUUUUGAUCACUCCUGAUGAAGUUUUACCACUUGAAGUUGGGGAACCAGUUACUGAGGAUGUACUACUUGAGUAUUUAGAUCUGACUGAUGGAGAUGUAACUACCCAGCUACCUGAGGAAUUUGAAGUGCCAGUUAUGACUCCAUCGCCUUUCAAGAAUGCCACUGCUUUGGAGCCUGAACUAGAAACCUUGAUAUCAGUAGUAACAAGCCUUCCCAUGCAAGAAGUAGAAGGGGAAAGUAUGCACGUUAAGCAUCACAUGGAAUUUGAACACAGUCAUAUUGGACCUGAAAAUGAGACUGCUGCAGUAGAGCAAAUUGCUCAUUCUGAACUGUCACCAGAAUUACGUUACCUUGAAACGGAACCUGUUGCAGAGCAAUCUACUGAAUCCUUUUUAGAAGCAGAUUAUUUUGCUGAUGAUGCACUAGUAAGUGACCUAUCUUUAAAUGCCACUGAAGAACACCUGAACACUCCGGUCUUAGAAACUGCUCCAUUCAAAGAAGUAUCACAGCACAAUGAAACUAACUUAGCAAAUAAUGAGACUCUUAUUGAAGUCUUUGCUAAUGCUACAGACUUAAUCAUUGAUUCAGAAGGACAAGGAUCAAACAUUGAGAUUUUGGGUGCUAAUGCUCCAAAAGACUCCCAGAACCCACCUGUAAAUGACUUGUAUGGCAAACAUUUUGAUGAAGGUGAUUUAGGUUUUGGUAAGGGAUUCAACACAGACGACAAACUUUUGUUCCCUUCGGAAACAGAGCAGAAAGUAAGAAGCAAGAUUGAAAUUAAGGAAGUCAAUGGUCAGCUGUACGAGUAUGAAUAUAUAUACUACUAUGAUGAUGAAUAUCCUCAAUAUGAUUAUGAAGGGGAGGAGGUCCCUGGUGAUGCAGACCCUCUUACAGUACCUGCUGAUGACACUACUAGUACAACAACCACCAGUACAACUACCACUACUACUACAACAACCACUCCUCCUCCAACUACUACAACCGAAGCCACUACUACCACACAACGUUCAUUCCGAGGUAGUUCCAGAGGUAGUAGCAGAUCUCAAAGCCACCGGCCUGUUGUCAAUGACCAAGAAAUUAAUGUUAUUGAUGAGCCAGUGAGGUCUACAUUUGGAAGGUCCAGGGGUACUGCAUCUCACUCUGCUCGUUUGUCAUCAAGGACCAGGGGUAGUUUCCGAUCCAGAGAAGAAGAAAACAUUGAGGAUAAUACUGUUCUUGGUGUAACUGUUGAAGAAGAAAAAUUACCAGUUCAGACACGUUUCCCACCUCGCAACCCAACAACCACUCCCACUCCAUUUCCUACACGUGAACGUGAGCCUCUUUUCGAGGAAACGUCACAAGUUGGGCUCAAUGAACAAGAUCAGAUUCCUUUGAUUCCAGAAGUAACUGGAGCUCAUUCUCCUCAUGGAAGGCAAUCAAGCCGAGGGGGUAGAAAGUUAAGUGUAGAAGUUACCGAACCUAGCACUACAACAGUGUCAGAUUUAUUAGCCCAAGAAGAAUUAACAACUGAAAUCAUUCCUACAUCCACAGUCUCAGAAGCUGAAAUCAGUGCUGCCAACCUUUAUGCUCUUUCUCGUGUAGCUGACCCUGGGGAGAUGGGAGAUGCCACAACACAAAUUCCACAAGCAUUUGAUUAUGACACUGAGAUUCCUGUUAAUUAUGAUGAGCUCAUCUAUGACUAUGACGAUACUGCAACAGAAAGUCCAUCAUACUUGCCGGAAGUAGGAACAGAAAUUCCAGGAUCUUUAACAGAAUCUGAGCCAGCAGCUGAACCUGAACCUGAACCAGAACCUAGCACAGAAGAGCCUACUACUUCCACUACUACUACUACCACUACUACUACUACUACCACCACUACAACCACUACAACUCCACCACCUACCACUACUGAAGCUAUUAGGUCACGUGGUAGUUUCAAUUCUAGAAAUCGUGGAGCUUCUCGAUUUGGGUCAAGGAGAGAGAAUACUAGAUUAUCUAACACAGAAGCUAGCGAAGAACCUAAUGCAGAAUCCGAAACUUCGCAUGGCAGUCGUUUUAAACCCAGUCGCUUUGGAGCAAGUAGAUUCAGAAGUAGCUCAACCACCUCUGCUUCUGAUGUUAGUGAGUCCAAUUCUGAAAAUUCUCUUGUUGGUGAAUCUGGAACAACUGAAUCAUCCCCAAGAAGGCCUGUAGGAACACGAUCCCGAUUUACCAGACCUAGUUUAGGUGCUAAACGGCCAUCAUCCCCAACAACUGAAGCUGAAUCUCCUAAAGCUGCUCGGCCAGAGACUCCCAGACCAAAACCAAAUAAUAGGGUAAACACUAGACCUGGCCUCUUCAGAAAUAGAUUUAGAAAUAAGGGAAGUACAACUGCCGAUGAAGUUAGCACUGAACCAACUGUAGAUGUUGCAGAAGAACAACCGAUCGAGGAAAAAGUCAUUGAUGAGGUAGAAGGUGAAGUUGAGAUCAGUACAGAGUCUGCUGUUUCCCCAUCACAAGCUACUGCAGCUGACACAAGAAUAAGAGGAAGGCCUAAGCCAGCAAUACAUCGCUUUGGUGCUCGUGGUCCUGUUCAUACUAGAAAACCACAACAACAGACAUCUGAAAGUGAUAAUCAGGAAGUAAAUGCUAAUCCUGCUGAUGAAGAAAAGGCUUCAGCACCAAGGGCGUCGCCACCUUCUCCUGGUAGGAGCCGUCUGACAAGACCCUUAGCUUCUCGACUAGGUAAUCGCCUCAAUCCAAGACUUCGGGGUGGUGCUGCUACAGAGAAAACAGUAGCUGAGGAAGAAACUGUUCCUGCAGAGGAAAUUCAUCCUGAUACCCCGGGCUUAGAGGAACAGAUUGUUGAAAACCCCGUAGAUCAGGAGGCUGAUGUUCCAUCACCCGAAGAAAGUUUGUCAGACAAUGAAAGCAGUAGUCCACAGCCACCUGCCCGAGGACCAGUUGGUACGCGCUUACGGUUCCGAAAUCGCACCCCAUCAAAGCCUACUCCAACACAAAAACCCACAAAAGCAGCUGCAACAUCUGCAUCACCACCACGUCGUGGAGGACUUUCUAACUUGUUUAGACGUAGGAAACCCCGUCCUGGAAGUGAGCCUGCCGAAGAUCCAUCUGCAACAGAAGGAGAAGUCCCAGCUGAAGAAAAUAUUCAAAGUGACGAUACUGCAGCGAUAGAGGAACAGCCUGCAGAAGGUGAACCCCGAAGCCGCCGCGGACGAGGCAGCAGCCGACCCAGCAGCAGCAGCACCCGUCGAGGGAGAGUCUGCCGCGCCAGCAGAGGAAGAGGCACCGGCAGCAGCAGAGGAAGAGGCAGGUCAAGACGCCGGAGGCAGGCGCAGAUUCUCCUUCUUCAACAGGCGCAAGAACAGGAACUAGAUUCUCAAAGAGUGCCAGUGUCGCCCUGAAUCUUUUGUUUACCCUGACGUCAUCUUCGUAUCAUCGCUAUCAUCCCCCAUUACCUCAUUUCCCCCCAUACCUCACUCAACCUAGUUUUCAUCGAGCAACACGAUAGAGAGGAAUCAAAGGACCGCCAUGAAAUCAUUAUAUACUUAACGAGUGAUUUGUAGUGAUUUUUUCAGAAUUCCUCAAGAAAAGAAAUCAGACUUGACUUCCGUAAUUAUUAGUGGAGAGCUAUGAAUCACACCAAUGCUCUAAGAAAAAGCAAAAAUAGUAGUCUAGUUUAUUUUUUCACCAUUUCAUAGAUCAUUCAUACCGACUGAACUCUUCUACAAAAGAACAACAAAAAGGGAUUUAAUUUUUUUGUAAUCCUUCAUCGUAACGUUUUGGGUUCCAACCCUUUACUCUCUCGCUGUAAUGAAAAGGAAACACAUCUUAAUAAACAGCAAAAAAUGUAUGUGACGCUUCACCGGUCCCCCUCGGGAAAUGGCGUGAUGUAUUAGGGGCACUGAACUUGUGAUAUAGACACUUAUACGUCAUUUCCUCCUUUUUUUAUUCAUGAUACCUGUAGAUAGCAGUUCUAUUAUGACCUUAUUUAAUGAAUCGUGCGUUGUACAUAUGUUGUAUCUGUUUCUUUUUCAGUGAUUCCUUCCCGUGUUCAUUAAAAAUUUAAUGAAGCUUUUUUAGUGUUAAGACGACACUUUUUUCUGUAGGAAUAAGCAUAUAUAUAUAUAUAUAUAUAUAUAUAUAUAUAUAAAUAUAUAUAUAUAUAUAUAUAUACAUAUGUAUCGUGUGUAUGCAUGUGCAUGACAGUGCGCUUAUAUAUAUAUAUAUAUAUAUAUAUAUAUAUAUAUAUAUAUAUAUAUAUAUAUAUAUAUAUAUAUAUAUAUAUAAUGGCACAAUUCGGAAGGUAAAGUAUAUCAAAAUAUAACUCAAAAAGUUUUAUCUUCGAGUUUUGGUAAAAAUUCAAUACCCAGUUAAGUGUUUCUUUUCGAGGGAAGCAUGUUGCCAAACAAGUGUAAAGUGAGUUAUGUAUGUUAAGUGACUGAAAUGUUCUCAUUUUUUAUGUUGCAUGUUCGAGCACAAAAAGCAUAUAAACCAGUACAGUAGGAAAUUAAGGUUGUUAUCUUAAAAAUGUCUCGUAUAUAUUCCCGUUCACGUUUGGGAAGAGGCAAGGGAAUAUCUACCUUAUUGCCAGGAUCCAGGCUAUUGCCUACAUGGUUGUCUCGUUUAUCGUUGUAACUCGAGUAAAUAUUACUUUUCAUAACUUUCUUUUCUUUGUAUUUGUAAAAUUUAUCGUUAUUCAUCAGAGACCUGCUGAAUAUAACCAAAAAAAAAAAAAUCUUAGGAGCCAUUUUUAUUGGCUGGUUGUAAGAAAAAAUGAUCGUUUUUCUGUUGAAGUAAGUAUUACUUCUCUCUUUGUAAUCAUGACAAGUUUUCCUUACUGUUGUGCCCUGUGUCGAAUUAUCUAUGGGCUGUGCCAAUAAUCACAUAUCUGUACAGUGCCUUGUAAAUAAGUGUUUACUCUCGUGCUUUUA